CCGGCGGCGUGGGAGCUGCCGGGGGACGCGCUGCCCUCUUCCUUGGUCAGGCCGGCCGCUCUUUCUGACUUUAGACUGGUCUCCUGUGCGGUCUCUCGCACCGCUGAUACCAAUUCCGUGUCCAGAUUCCCAAGGUUUGUUUUGCCGUGCCUGGGAGUGCACCCGGUUCAAGAGGUUUCGCCAGAGGAGCCGCGCAGCGUUACUUUGAAGGAUCUGGAUGCUGCGUUGCCGCUUAUAGAACUCUACAAAGAUAAAUUGGUGGGGAUUGGAGAAGUUGGACUAGAUUUCACUCCCAGAUUUGCCAGCACGGAUGAACAGAAGGAAGGACAAAGACAGGUUUUGAUCAAGCAGAUUGAGUUAGCAAGAAGACUGGAUUUGCCUUUAAAUGUUCAUUCCCGCUCAGCUGGAAGACCAACCAUUAAUCUCUUAAAGGAACAAGGUGCUACAAAGGUGUUGCUCCAUGCGUUUGAUGGGAAGCCAUCUGUAGCGAUGGAAGGGGUGAAAGCUGGAUACUUCUUCUCCAUUCCUCCUUCCAUUAUAAGGAGUGAACAGAAGCAGAAGCUUGUGAAGAUGUUGCCUCUCGAAAGUAUGUGCUUGGAAACUGACUCUCCUGCUCUGGGGCCUGAAAAACAGGUGAGAAAUGAACCAAAAAAUAUUUAUAUUGCUGCAGAAUAUAUUGCCAAAAUUAAAGGAAUUCCAGUUGAAGAAGUUAUAGAAGUGACUACACAGAAUGCGCUGAAAGUAUUCCCCAAACUUCGGAACUUUCUUUGGAUAUAGAUUCAGAAACUGAAAAAUAUGAUAUUUCAGAGACUAUUAUUUAUCAUGUAAUUAAUAAAACCAAUAUGCAUCUUGUCUUUAAGUGGAGUUUUGUUGUCGGACAGUUCAAGAAGUGAGCAGAGUGUUACGUAGAUGUGUAGGAUUAAUAUAGGGAAUUUUUCAAAGACCUUUGAUAUGUACCAUUGUCAUCUCUUGGAUAUGAUAGACAGGUUGUUUAUUU